AUGCCCGUAAUGCCCGUAACGCCCCGUAACGCUCAACCUGCUCCAGUUUUUAAGACCUGGCUCCAGGAAUCAUGGAAGGGCACACACCGCUCCAACAUGCCCCCAACAGUCUCAGAAAAAAGAGCCACAAAGCAUAAUCCCCUUGAACACCGCCAGCUAAGACGCCUCCUCCCAAAUGGCGUCCCCACACCCCGCACCAUCCUCAUUACUCCCCUCCCCAUCCUGUCACUCCCUGUUGGAGGUGAACCCAUCCUUGAAGUCGAAGUUUUCGACCAACCCGCUAGAGGUGACGGACGCGGCGCGGUAUGGGUGGUGGCAUCACGCCCAGAGAGGCAGCUGACAAAGAACACCAAAAUAAUCCUUAAAGCUGCUGGUCACGUGAGCGGGGUUGGACGCCUCUCCUCCCUAAACGGGUUAUACCGUCACUGGGCCUCUUUCGCCAUAUCCGGUGGGCCCCGACUCUGCAGCCUUCGCGUCCCGAUUCCCUGGGCGGUCCUCGGCGCGCUCGAGAGCCACACUCACUCCUCGCGCUAUCACGCCCUCCCGGAAGAACCCGACCCACACCCCGCUUUUAUCGGCAACCCCAUGAUCGCCAUGGACGGCGAGAACCCCUACGAAUUCGAUGUGUGGGAGGAUCCCGCACACCUAGACGCGCGACUAGCGCGAAUCCGCAACCAAUGA